GGAAGGGGUUGAGGCGGGCAGCUGCGGCGUCUUUUGAGUGGCGUCGUUUUAAUAGGCGUCCAGCCGAGGGCUUCUUAGGAGCCAGAGCCCUGAUGCCUACCUGCCUCCUCGGGAGGACUCAAUAAUUCAGGCGGCGGCUGGCAAGGGGCCAAGCUCCCCUCCCCUCCCCUCCCCUCCUCCACCCCUGCCGCCUCCUCUUCGCCUGCCCUCCCGUCUCCCCCUCCAGCCUUUCCUAAUGCAGCCAUGAAAGAGGGUUGAGCUCUGCCACCUUCAGUUGCCUUUCGCAGCGCGGGAAGUUGGCGCCGGGCAGCGUCUGCUGCUAAGGGGAUCCUGGGCAGCUGAAAAGAGGCAAAGGGAGGGAACCCAGAGUGGGGAGCUUUUCUUGCGGGAAGUAGGAGGCUGUCUGAACCCCGGACUCCGCGAUGGACCCCAAGGAGCGGAAGAAAAUCCAGUUUUCCGUGCCUGCGCCGCCCAGCCAGCUGGACCCCCGUGCAGUGGAAAUGAUCCGUCGUCGGAGACCGACCCCAGCUUUGCUUUUCCAGCUGUCAGAAACUUCCUCCCCUGAUGAAGCAUCCCCAUAUCAGAGAACUCUGGGUGAAGGCUACCACCUUAAAAACAAAAGAAAUGCACCCUGUGUCUACACCCCUCCUUCUCUUAAAGCUGUGCAACGCCUAGCACAAAGCCAUCUGGAAUCCAACAGUUCCUGGAUGGAGGAAGACUAUGCUGAAGAUGUUGAGGAAGAGGAGGAAGAGGAAGAGGAGGAGGAAGAGGAGGAGGAGGAGGAAGCAGCUCAGGAUUCAGAUGACACUGUAAGGGAGAUGACUGGCCUGUAUAAACCAGGAGCAUCCCAGGGGCAGAAACAGCUGGGUCCAGCUUCCAAGGCAAGACUGCUAAGGCAAUGCACUGUCUUGGAAAACAAGCCCAAGGAAUCUGAGCAUCCGAUCUACCCAGCUCCCUCCAAAUCACAGAAACGGAAAGGUGGGCAGAAAGUAUCCUUUGCAGGAUCUGUUGAAGAAGUCCCUACUGGAUCAGAGAAGUCAGAAGGGGCUGAUGCCCCAGAACAGGAGACAAAUGUGAAACUGGAAGAGGGAGACCCACCACUAACAGAUCAUGACAUGGAACAGAGUCACUCUAGUUGGGAAGAGAGACCUCCCUGCGCUGUUAAACUGGAAAACCGUUCUUCUCCACCCCCAAUCCACACUACCACCUAGCACCAGAAGUGUAGUUCUGGGAGAUAUCCUGUUGAUGGCAGUCUCUCAUUUUUCACAAGACCAGUUGGAUUACUUCCUUUAACAACUAUUUUCUCUCUUAUUAUCUUUUCUGUUCUGAAUUUGUAUCUUAUUUGGCAAUGUUUGGUUAUGUUCAGUGAAUUAUUCAGUAGAAGGGGUGAAGGGAGAGAAGGUGAAUGGAAAGCUGUUUAGAAAUGAACAUCAUGUUCAAAGGCAAGAUACCUCUGACAGCCUGUUGUGGUGGACCUGUGACAGGGUGGCUGUUUCUAUUGGGCCUUGCCUGUAGAUUCCUCUGCAGGGGGAAAGGAGGGGGCCACCCAGGCAGUCACUGUCUGACCUGCAACACUGGGCUAGAUGCUCAUUUGGUGGGAUCUAGCAUGAUCACUCUUGAGUUUUUUUUAAUGUUUCUGCUCACCCAUCCAGAUCUGAGGAUUUUAUGAAUAUGGUUUGUAAGAUUAAUAAUUAUCUUAUCCAAGGAAAUCAGAUUGCUGGGGUGCUUCCGAACAGAUAGCGCCUUGUUCUAGUAAUCAAAAAGUAUUAUAUAACUAUGUUAUUUUUCAUUAUUUAAAAAAAAUCGAAAAUAUUGUGUGUUGGGGAGAAGGAGAAACAGAAGAGAACGUUAUAACUGGAAAGCAAUGUCCUCUGUAAACCAUGUAAAAUUUCAUCUAGGAGGUCAAUUGCACAAUAAAUUCCUUGUCUGGCAGCACUUCUUGUCGGAAGGUAUUGCCAUUUGAUUUCUGAAAACCAAAUCGGAAAAUGUCAGGUAUUUCAGUAACUAGCACUUAUAGCUGGAUUCAGAUGAAUAAGCUAAUGGGAGAUCUUUAACUUCUGUCUCUCACAUCCAGUGUUCCAUUCAACGCUCAGAAAGCUGCAGUUCAAUCACUUUGUAUAGUUGAACCACCUUCCUUCCUUCCUUCCUUCCUUCCUUCCUUCCUUCCUUCCUUCCUUCCUUCCUUCCUUCCUUCCUUCCUUCCUUCCUUCCUUCCUUCCUUCCUUCCUUCCUUCCUUCCUUCCUUCCUUCCUUCCUUCCUUCCUUCCUUCCUUCUCUCUUGGCCACUCCACCACACCUUUCCCCCUGUGUAUUGGGCAACGCCUUUCCAUGUUUCUCUGCUCUAUUAAAGCUUUGUAAAUAAAUUCUGUGUUUAAAGAUUAUUUUAUAGAGGGAACAGCCACCAACCAAAGUUUAAGCCAGUUCUUCCUUAGUGCAUCAGCCAGCACCUACAGAAGGAAAAGAGUUUCACAACUUUGUGUAAUUGACUUUCUGCAAAUAACCUCUAAGUACAUAAACCAAAGUGCAUUGGCAGUAGGUAUGUAAGAACAUUAGGACAAAUUUGGGAGAGUGGGAAGGAUGGAUCCAUGAUGAUUCCCCCAAUGUUUAUCUCCAGCAAAAUCUUAAUUUUGGCUUCCAAAAAGCAGCCCAAGCAAACCAGCAAGCCAAAUAUUCAAGGCUGUGCUUUUGUAGUAAAGAAAUCAAGUGGAUGCUUAACACAUCAACAGUUUGCUUACUUAU